CGAGAACACACCCCCUCCGCCCUCUCCCGUCGUGCCCCGCGCCGCCCGCGGCGGCUGCAGCCACGGUUGCCGCUAUGGGGCUGAAGCCGUGGCAGAAGGCUCUGUUUCCUCUGCGCUCGGUGGGCGCUGUCGUUCGGCUUUUCGAGGCUGAGCUUCGGCAGCCGGAACCCGACCUGGUUCUUCUCUCCUUGGUUUUGGGUUUCGUCGAGCAUUUUUUGGCCGUCAAUCGCGUCCUUCCCACCAACGUUCCGGGUAUCAGCUUCGAGGCUCGUCCCGGCCCUGAGCCCCACACUCUCGCCUACUUCCCCGUGGCCGAACUUUCCAUCGUGGCGGCGCUUUACGCCCGUUUCACGGCUCAGAUUCGCGGCGCCGUCGACCUUUCGCUCUACCCGCGUCCUGACGGCUUCUCGUCCCGCGAGCUCGUCAAGAAGGUCUCCGACGUCAUCUGGAACAGCCUCAGCCGCUCUUAUUUCAAGGAUCGCGCCCACAUCCAGUCCCUCUUCAGCUUCAUCACCGGGACGAAGCUGGACAGCUCGGGGGUGGCGUUCGCCGUGGUGGGCGCGUGCCAGGCCCUGGGGCUGCCCGACGUGCACUUGGCUCUGUCGGAGGAUCACGCGUGGGUCGCGUUCGGGCCCGGAGGACAACACACGGCUGAGGUCACGUGGCACGGAAAGGGCAACGAGGACCGGCGCGGGCAGAGCGUCAGCCCCGGCGUGGCCGAGAGGAGUUGGCUCUAUCUGAAGGGUUCGUACCUUCGCUGCUCUCGGGGGAUGGAGGUCGCUUUCAUGGUUUGUGCCAUCAACCCCGCGAUCGACCCCCACACCGACAGCCUCGAACUGCUGCAGCUCCAGCAGCGCCUGCUCUGGCUCCUCUAUGAUCUGGGGCACCUGGAGAGAUACCCCAUGGCUCUGGGGAACCUGGCGGACCUGGAGGAGCUGGAGCCGACGCCGGGGAGACCCGACCCCCUCACGCUCUACCACAAGGGCAUCGCGGCCGCGCGCUCGUACUACUCCAAUGAGCACAUCUACCCGUACCUGUACCUCGCCGGGUUCCACUGCCGCAACCGGAACGUCAAAGAGGCGCUGCAGGCCUGGGCCGACACCGCCACCGUCAUCCAGGACUACAACUACUGCCGUGAGGAUGAGGAGAUCUACAAGGAGUUCUUCGAAGUGGCCAACGACGUGAUCCCCACGUUGCUGAAGGAGGCGGCCAACGCUGAGCCCCACGGCGACGCCCCACAGGCCGGGGGGGGUCUCCCGGCCCUACAGGACCCCGAGUGCUUCGCCCAUCUCCUGCGCUUCUACGAUGGGAUCUGCAAGUGGGAAGAGGGCAGCCCCACGCCCGUCCUGCACGUCGGCUGGGCCACCUUCCUCGUCCAGUCCCUGGGACGCUUCGACGGGCAGGUCCGCCAGAAGGUGACUCUGGUCUCGCGGGACGCCGAUCCCCCCGAAGAUGAGGACCCCUCGGGCGAAGACCCCCGCGAGGGCCGGCGUCGGGGUCCCCGUCGCGAAUCCAAACCCGAGGAACCCCCUCUUCCCAAGAAACCCCCCGAAAGACGCCGACCUCCAGUCCCGGGACCUCGUCCCGAGGAGUCCUCCGGAGCUCCUCCAGCGCCCCCAAAUCCUUCUCAAGGGAACCCCCAAACUGUUUCCCCCGGAGGUCCCGUCCUGGUGUUCCAGAGUGAGAAGAUGAAAGGGAUGAAGGACCUUCUUCGCGCCCCAAAAAUCAACUCGAGCGCCAUCAAACUGCAGUUGACGGCGCAGUCCCAAGUGCAGCUCAAGAAACAGAAGGCGGCGCCCAGCGACUACACCUUGGCUUUCCUCAAGAGACCCCGAAAGGGGCUGUGAGAGCACCCCAAAAACGGGGAACCCCCAUCCCCCGAAACUGGGGAACCCCCCCAGGCAGGCGGCAGAGGGGAGAGAGAAGGAAGAGAGGGGGUACGAGGGG